UGCCCUGGCCAGCAGCACCCUUGGGCACACUUACAGAAGCUUUCUGUGCCCAUGGGGCCUUCUCAGCUUGUCCGUGCCCCUCGGCCCCAGGGCUUACGUUCCCCUUACCGCAGGCCAGGUAUGGGCUGGCCUCGGCCCAGGUUUCCCAAGAUGUUCAAGUGUAGCCGCAGAAGGUACCGGCAGAAACCCCAAAGCCCAACUGCCACCACUGCAGCCACCAAUCUUGCCACCAUGGCCAGAGAUAUCAACAACACCCACAAUGUCACCACCAGUGUGUGGAUCCUCCCACUGCAAGUUCUCAGACGCCUCUGUCAACCUGGCAGCUUUCUGAUCCUCUAGAAAUGCCCAGAAACUAGUCCAGAAGCUUGGCUCGCUCCGGACCUGUAUCUUCUGGGGGCCGUGGGUGGUGAAUAGCAGCCAAAUACAAUCAUUUCUGCCUACUCCA